UGCCGUAUUGAGGGCUAGUUCGGUGAGAUGAACACGUGAAUGUGUCAGGACGUGAGUAUUUAGCUAUUCUGGAUCCGUGUGGUGAAAAGUUUCCGAAUCGGAGCCGGCGGGAUGUUGUACCUGAUCGGCUUGGGGCUCGGAGACGCCACCGACAUCACGGUGAAGGGUCUGCGGGCGGUGAAGAGCUGCUCCCGGGUCUACCUGGAGGCCUACACCUCCAUCCUGACUGUGGGGAAAGAAGCGCUGGAGGAGUAUUACGGGAAGCAGCUGAUCCUGGCGGACCGGGAUCUGGUGGAGCAGGGAGCCGACCAGAUCCUGAAGGACGCAGAUGUGACCGACGUGGCCUUCCUGGUGGUGGGCGACCCGUUCGGAGCCACGACUCACAGCGACCUCGUCCUCAGAGCGGCGAAUGCUGGGAUACCGUACAGGGUCAUCCAUAAUGCCUCCAUCAUGAACGCAGUGGGCUGCUGCGGCCUGCAGCUGUAUAACUUCGGGGAGACGGUUUCGGUGGUGUUCUGGACGGAAACGUGGAAACCUGAAAGUUUCUACGACAAAAUCUGUAAAAACAGAGCAGCUGGACUGCACACACUCUGCCUGCUGGAUAUUAAAGUGAAAGAGCAGAGCAUCGAGAACAUGAUGAGGGGGAAGAAGAUCUACGAGCCUCCGCGCUUCAUGACCGUCAGUCAGGCUGCAGAUCAGCUGAUUCAGAUCAUCGAGAGGAGGAGGAGCGAGGAAGAGGAGGAGCUGGGAGUGACGGAGGACACGGUGUGCGUCGGCCUGGCCCGGCUCGGCGCCGACGACCAGGCGGUCCGGGCCGGGACGCUCCGCCAGCUGGCGUCAUGUGACCUGGGCGGGCCGCUCCAUUCGCUGGUGGUCACCGCCCGGCUCCACCCGCUGGAGGUGGACAUGCUGCGCCUGAACGCAGAACCGGACGCGCUGCAGCACCUGCGCAUGAUCGACAGCUCCACCUACACAUCCUAACAGCGGCCGACCCGGUGGGCCGGGAACUUUCACCUGGAUGAGGUCGGAACAGAAUCCGUCUAACAGGAGCAACGAACUCGAUCAUCAGUGAAAUGAAAUAAAAUCCAUUAAAUCAAAACAGCUUCACUGUAAAAACACAAAAUCAACUAUUUUGGUCCAGUUUAUAGAACAAACUCCUCAGUAAACUUGAAAUAAGACAAAACUAACUUACAAACUAAUUUAAAACAAGUAAAUAAUUCCUAAAUGUUGAUAAAAAAUCCACUGGCAGAUUUUACUCAUAUCUGUAAAAUGUUUUGCUUUUAGUUAAAUCAGUGAAACUUAAGGAAGUAUUUACUUGUCUUAAAUUUAUUUGUAAGUUAGUUUUGUCUUUAUUCAAGUACAUUAAGAUGUUUGCACUUAAUGUACUAACAAUUAUUUCAGUAAUUGAUUAAUCACGAUUAAUUGUUUCAGCCCCAUGUUGCACUAGAACCUGGACAAAAGUACUUGGUGAGAUUUAUUUUUUGCAGUGUAAACAAACUUUGAUGCACCUGUAGCCAUUUUGUAAACGUCAAUAAAGAUUAAAAUCAAUAAAUGA